CCCCGCCGCCCGAACAGCCACUUCCCCAGUUCCCCUGCCCGGCUGCCCUUAUUAUUUCCUCUCCGCCGCCGUCUUCGUCCCCGGGUCAAAUCGAAUCGAGCCCAUCCAUCUCCAUUUCCGCCGCCGCCGCCGAGAGAGAGAUCCCGACCCCGCCCAUCUACCACCAUGUGGCGCCGCCUGCACACCCUAGCCCCCGCCUUGCGCAGGGCAACCGCCGCCGCUGCCGGGGCCCCCGCGGCGCCCGCCUCCUCUGCAGCCCGCGCCGCGCCGCUCUCCUCGGCGGCCGCCGCCUUCCGCCGCACCAGCCCGCUCCUCUCAGAGGACAAGCCGGCGAAGGUGGAGGACGUCAUGCCCAUCGCCACGGGGCUCGAGCGGGAGGAGCUGGAGGCCGAGCUCCAGGGGAAGAAGCGGUUUGACAUGGAUCCACCGGUCGGUCCCUUCGGUACCAAGGAGGCACCAGCUGUCAUCGAGUCCUACUAUAACAAGCGGAUAGUCGGUUGCCCUGGUGGUGAGGGAGAGGAUGAACAUGAUGUUGUAUGGUUCUGGUUGAAAAAAGAUGAGCCUCAUGAGUGUCCAGUCUGCUCGCAAUACUUUGUGCUUAAGGUCAUCGGUGAUGGUGGAGAUCCUGAUGGUCAUGACGAUGAAGAUGAUGGACAUCACUAAGGAUGCCUUAUGGUUCUGAAAAUAAGAAUUUGAUGAGGCAGAUGAAUCCAUUAUACUUCUUUUCUAGAACCAGACUGCUCCACGGCAUCCUUGUUUAUGAAUAGACAUUUGGCCAUCAAGCAGGUGGUAGUUUUCACCUAGGGAUUUUGUCCAAACAAAAGCUAUUUGAGAUUUGACCCAUGCAUUUCUUUAAGAGCAUCAUCGAAUAAAAGAUGACUGCAUCAGAUUGCUUUCUUUUGUUACCCUAUGGCCAUCGGGUGUGAUGGACAUGUAAUAUUCAGUCAUAAACAGUCCCGUUUCUUUGUUUAGUGUGCUGAGAAAUUUGCAAAAGGCCUCCUAUAUCUUUGACAAUGACAAUUGAAGCCAGAGUUUGAUGAUCCAUCAUCU